AUGCUUAGCUUACUUUGUGAAUGUGAAGGUAUAGUUAAUUCGAGACCAUUAACUUAUGUAUCCGAAGAUUUAGAUGAGUUAAAACCAAUUACUUCUGCAGUGGUCCUGCAAGAAAUUCCAGAAGUUGGUGUGCCAGUUCUUGACCAUAUAGACAAAUUAAAUUUAAUUAGAAGAUUAUGGUACCAGCAAAGACUUCGGGAAGAGUUCAGAAAACGGUUUAGAGUACAAUAUCUAGGAAAUAUCAUGAUCAAGCAAAUAAAUAAGAAGUUAUCUUAUAAAUUUAAAGUUGGGGACAUAGUUUUAAUCGAAAACGAAGAUAAGAAGCGAACAUUUUGGCCUUUGGGACGAAUAGUCAAAUUGUAUCCUGGUAAAGACAAUAAUGUCAUACUGGUUAAAGUUAAGACAUGGAAUGGAGAGAUUCUAAGACCAUUGGAAAUACAACAAGAAUCUGAAGGAAGUCCUGAAAAGGCAGAUAUACUGAACAAGAAAGUAUCCCUACGAGUUUUCAAGAGAUAUGGAAAGAGAGAGUUACUAGAAGUGGUCGAGCUAUAA